GUACAUUUUUGCGUGUCGCGAUGGGAGAAAUAAGAGUGGGAAGUGAUGAACAAUAGAGCUGGCUGUUUCCAGGAGGCGCCAGCAUUCCCGAGCACCUUUCGUGCUCUUGGUGUGCAUAGCGAUAGUCAGCCAAGCACACAGCCCAUCCAGUUCACACUAGCAGCUGGUUUUGUGUCACAGGAGAGAUUUAGGCGAGAUCACCGAAUCAAACUGCCGGAGUCCUGUUGUCAAAUGAUUUGCAUAAGGACUUCCGCCUCCUGAAUUUAGUUUCUGCAUCAACUGGCAAAGGCAGUGGGCAGAGCCCUCGUGUCAGGCGCAGUCAUGCGGACUUGACAUUUAAACUCGGUUAAUAUUUGGACAUGAACGGCACACGCGUGUGUUUCGGAUGGUCCCGAUGGAUUUGGAUUAAACGGCACACUGGGAUCUGACACUUUCAUUCUCAGAGGCGUUUACUAUGCUGUAUAUCUGCCGGCUCUUGUGGUGGCUAUACAGUGACUAUUUGCUGUUACUUCUAGUGUAGAACUGGAAUGUUGCAUUGGACUCAUUGUGGUAUUCUGUAGUUUUCAUCUCCUCUCAAACAGGGGAUUCCUCGUCUGUUUUCACAUGUCUGUUUGGAUCCUAAAGUAGGAUACAGCCAGAUCCUCCAACCCAGUCCAGGAUCUGAUGUCUAUUUCAAUGUGUCAUAUUAGAAGAGUUGACCAUCUCUUUUGGAUUGAGUUUUACCUCGCGAUCUUCUUUUGACGUCUUGGACAGCUCGGAUGCAUUUUAGAUCGUUUUUUGUUUUUGUUUUUUAGCUUGGAUUACUUCUUUUUUUUUGGCUACGUUUUUACAGGUUGGAUCUUCUCGUUUAUUUCGGGUAUUUAAACUCGGUUCUUUUUGUGUAACUACUGUUGAAAUCACACGUUUCAUUCUUUUGAUUCGUUUUGCCGAUCCACUGGGUGAAAAUACUGUGUGAUCUCUUGUUGAUUUAUUUAUUGGUCGUUUAAAGCUUUUGCACACCAUGGCUUUCUUGUUCGGGGCAGCGGUUCUGUUGCUGCGCGGACUCGUCUUCUCUGCGGUAUUGGGCUUCGAGAGUUCAUACACGAGUCAUUUAUCGAACCGAGUCACUCCAGAUUCAGCAGCAGUAGCAGUAGCUGUUGCUCCUACAGACCCGUGUUUGACAGUCAUCCCUCCAUGUAUGAAUGAAGCCGACCGCUUCAGUUUAGAGGCACUUCGGCACAUUCACAAGCAGCUAGAUGAUGACAACGAUGGAGGAAUUGAAGUGAAUGAGAGUGUAGAGUUUAUCAUAGAGGACAUGAAGCAGCAGCAGACAAAUAAACACAGUAAUCUUCACCGAGAGGACCAGCACAUCACGGUGGAGGAGCUGUGGAGGGGCUGGAAAAUAUCAGAAGGUAAAGAAAGAUGGACAGGGAAAACACGAGCUGGUGGCGUGUACAGCACUGUGUGA